AUACUUGAAAUAAUUGAACUCGAUGGCAAAAUCCAUAAUUCCGUGCAAGUUUAAGGGCUCGGAAGGAAAUUUCACUUUGUUCUUCUCGGGCGUCGGGCCCCACUAAAACCGUUACAACGCUCACACGGUUCAUCAUGUAAUACCGGUCCACCUCUCCCGCCAAAAAACCUCGCUCCGACUAUAUAUGUGCGGCGUCAUGUCAUAUCUCUGUUUUGAAUUUCUCUGCGAACCCUCUCUAGCGAGCCAGUCGGUUCCACCUCUCGCUCUCUCAGAAAUUGAGCUCAGAUUGGCUUGCUAUUGCUGCGGUUGUUCACUGUGGAUCGUAGAUUUUGAGAUUCAAGAAUUCUUCCUGUGGUGCUUGGAGAAUUUCAAAUUUGCAUAGAGAAGAAGUCUAUCAAGAAGCGAGUGGGACUAUGGAUUCAUAUACACUGAAGUCUGUGUUAGAUUUGCCGGCACAUUUUCGUUCAGCUUUUAACUUCAGGUACUUUAAUUCGCUGCAGAGCGAAUGCUUUCCUGUUUGUUUCCACUCCGAUGCAAACAUGGUUAUUUCAGCCCCCACUGGAAGUGGUAAAACAGUGCUCUUUGAGCUUUGCAUUUUGAGGCUUCUCUCGAAGUUCAUCUCUGAAGAGGGGAGGUUCAUCCAUUUAAAGGGAACCCUCAAGGCAAUCUACAUAGCCCCAUCCAAGGCAUUAGUACAAGAGAAGCUCCGUGAUUGGAAUGAGAAGUUUGGGUCAUGGGGGAUAAACUGCCUGGAGUUGACCAGCGAUAAUGAAUUUUACAACAUGAGGAAUAUACAGGACGCUGAUAUUAUCGUGACCACUCCUGAGAAAUUUGAUGCUGUGACUCGGUAUCGCAUAAAAGAUGGUGGCUUGAGCUUUUUUGGUGACAUAGCUCUUCUACUUAUUGAUGAAGUUCACCUUUUGAAUGAUCCACGUGGAGCGACUUUGGAGGCAAUAGUUAGCAGAAUAAAAAUGCUUGCUCGCUACCCUGAGAUGAGAUCAAGUGCUCUUGGUCAUGUCCGAUUCAUUGCAGUGUCUGCCACAAUUCCAAAUAUUGAGGACCUUGCUGAAUGGCUUCUGGUUCCUGUCCAAGGAAUUAAAAGGUUUGGAGAAGAAAUGAGGCCUGUAAAGUUGACAACUAAAGUUUUUGGCUAUACGCCAGCCAAAAAUGACUUUCUAUUUGAAAAGCGCCUUCAAAACUAUAUUUUUGAUGUUCUCAUGCAAUAUUCAAGGGGAAAAUCUGCUCUGGUUUUUUGUUCAACAAGAAAAGGAGCACAAGAAGCAGCGCAGUGCCUCUCUCAGACUGCAAUGACCUUUGGUCAUUCAAAUUCGUUCGUUAAAAGCAGAGAACAGCAGGAAAGGCUAAGGGAAGCAUCACUAUCAUGCAGUGACAAACAAAUGCAGUCUUAUAUCAUUUAUGGUGUUGGUUAUCACAAUGGUGGGGUUUGCCUGAAGGAUCGUAAUCUCAUUGAAAGUCUUUUUCUUAAGGGCGACAUUCAAAUUAUUUGCACUACAAAUACUCUUGCCCAUGGGAUCAACCUACCAGCACAUACAGUAGUAAUAAAAUCAACACAACACUUCAACAAGGAAAAAGGUCUUUACAUGGAAUAUGACCGAUCCACUAUACUACAGAUGAGUGGGAGGGCAGGCCGGCCACCAUUUGAUGAUACAGGAAUGGUCAUAAUCAUGACAAGAAGAGAAACUGUCCAUUUGUAUGAGAAUCUAUUGAAUGGAUGUGAAAUGGUGGAAUCACAAUUGCUUUCAUGUGUGACGGAGCACUUAACCGCUGAGAUAGUUCAAUUGACUGUCUCUGAUAUUACAAGGGCAAUUGAGUGGAUGAAGUGCUCAUAUUUGUAUGUCAGAAUGAAAAAGAAUCCUGAAAAUUAUUUAGUUAGAAAAGGGACUUUAAGUGACCAUAAAGAGAGGGAUAUGCAAGAGAUCUGUGUUGAGAAAGUUAAUGAGUUAUCGCGACAUCAAAUGAUCUGGACUGAUGAAGAUGGUUUCCUGUUGAAGCCGCUAGAGCCUGGAAAGCUGAUGACAAAGUACUAUUUGAAGUUUGACACGAUGAAACACAUUAUGCAGACCCCUGUAAAUUGCAGUUUGGAAGAUGCACUUCAUAUCAUAUGCCGUGCUGAGGAAAUUGCUUGGAUACAGCUCAGACGCAAUGAGAAGAAACUUCUAAAUGACAUAAACACUGAUAAAGAUAGCCGGCUUCGAUUUCACAUCCUUGGUGAUAAAGGGAAACGGAAAAAGCGUAUUCAAACUAGAGAAGAAAAAAUAUUUGUUUUGGCAAAUGAUUGCUUGACUGGUGAUCCUUCGGUUCAUGAUUUAUCCCUGACCCAGGACAUGAAUUCAAUAUGCACAAACGGGUGUAGAAUUGCUAAGUGUAUGAAAGAGUAUUUCAUUUACAUGAAGAAUUAUAGAGGAGCCUUGAAUUCAACACUUCUAGCCAAAUCAUUACAUCAAAAACUCUGGGAUGAUAGUCCAUACUUGCUGAAACAGUUACCUGGAAUUGGGAUGGUGACUGCGAAGGCAUUACAUUCAAUGGGAAUCAACUCAUUUGAGACGCUAGCUGAAGCAGAUCCAAGGAGAAUGGAGAUAGUCACUGGUCGAAAAUACCCAUUUGGGAACCAUAUUAAGGAUUCUCUACUUUCACUACCUCCAAAAGUUGACGUGAAGAUGGAGGAAAUUGAGUGCCAAAGGCAAGGAAAGUCCAAGCUGGUAGUAACAUUGACAAGGCUAUCACAAUCAGUGCAAUCGACAAAACGGCAUUAUGCUGAUAUGAUUGUUGGCUCAGAAGAGGAUAACUUGGUUCUCUUCCAUGAGAAAAUAAGAGUGGAAGAGUUUUCCAGCCCCUACAGUGCGACAAUUCUCCUGUCAAAUCCCCAACAAGGAAAGCUGACUAUCAAGGCAGAUCUUAUUUUUGAAGAAUACAUUGGCAUUGAUCUCCGCCAAAAACUUCUUUUGAUGAAAGAGAGCAAAUCAAGCAUGAAAUAUAAACAGAGAAAUAAGCAGCCUUCCUCUUUUCCUCCACCUGAGGAAAUACAUAUUAUAGAUGACAAUGAAGCUACAUCUCGAGCUCUAGCCAAAGAGCUUCACAAUUCAGCCAACUCUGAAAAGGAAAAUGAUUUCUUGCCUAGUUUCAAGCUCAUAGAUGAAGAGAUGGAAGAAGCUGAGCCUGAUCUUGAAGUUGAAGAAGAUGAAUGCAAAAUCAUCACUGCACAAACAGUUUUUGACCACAUACGUGAAAAAGCCAAGAACUUUCCUGUCUUGGCCUCACCAAGUAUUGCCUGUUUCCCAUCAUCAGAGGCCUCGACUCUCACAAGGAGGCGCACUCGUGAGAAGCGGCUUGAACUCCAUAGUGAUGUAGAAUUUCUGGAAGAGAGAGACAGAAACAAGAUUACACCACCGAGUGUGGUCAAUCCAUCUUCAGAACCCGGAGAGGCAGAACGUAAUGGACAUGGUACUACCAAAUGUACGAUUCCUCCAGAGACCACAUCCAAGACUUCAACUGAAGAAUCAAUAUUUGAUGAUAUACGGAAAAAAUCUAGGAAUUUUCCAGUGAUCAAUAAAUUGAAGACCAUUGAUUCGGAGGCUUUACUCUGGACGAAGGAACACUCCUCUGAGAGUCGAACUGAGUCCGGUACUGCUACCUCUGAAAUUUUGAAUGAGAUGCAUUCAGAUAAAGUCUUGACAGAUACUAUAACCGAGGAAAGCACAAAGGUCAGACACAAUUUAUUUUCUGAAAGCUCCUCUGGUGCAUAUGGGUUACUGAAUCUUUCUCCAAGAGUUUCAAGCCCCAUUGGUGAUCUAUCAUCUAUUGAAAUGCUAUCGUCUGAUAUUUCCACGUUAAAGAACAAUGGACAGUCCGCGGACCAUGUUAGCUCCAUGAAAAGCAGCAGGAAGCAGCAAUGCCGUUCCAAAGAAAUAAAAAAACAGCAUUGUUCUCCAAGUGUUUCCAGAAGACAGUUCUGCUCGUCGGAAACGGCCAGCGAAACCAGGGAAGCAGAUUCAUUUCUUGGGUUCCAGAGUGUCUUUUCAUUUCUUUGAUUCCUCUUUUGGCAGGGAAUUAAAUUUGAUUCAAUUGCUCAGCUUCGAACUAGAGUUUGGUACGUAUAUUUCCAUAACCCGUAUCUGAUAUUUCAUCGAUAAUAACUAAUAUUUUCUCGAUA